AUGGCGCGGGUUAAAGUGACUGCUGAGAAGAAGGGCAAGAAGAGAAAGGAGGCGACGGCCAAUGGGGUGGAGAAGACCAAGAAGGCUAAAACAGAUGCGAAUAAAGAAAGGGAUGCUAAUAAGGAGAGUUUAUCUCUCUUGGCUGUCCCGCGCCAAGUGCAGCUGAAGGUGAAGAAGGGCAGGGUUGUGGAGGAGGCGAAGAUUGCUGCGAAGAAAGCGAACGAAAAGGAGGUCAAGGCGAAGAAGGAGAAGAAGGGAAAGAAGGGGACGGAGACCGCGGAGAUUGUAGAGAAGAAAGAAAAGAAGGAGACGAAAGAAGUUAAGAAGGGGAAAAAGGGUGAGGAGACGACGGAAGUAACAAAAAGGACAGAAAAAAGAGAGACGACGAAAGAGAUGAAGGGUAGCAAGAGGGAGAAGCGGGAGUUGAAGGAGGCAAAGCAAGUGGUAGUGAAAAAGAAGAUUAAAGACGUGAAAGCGGAGAAGAAGGGAGCGACGGAGGGGGAGAAGGGGAAGAAGAAGGAGAAGGGGAAAGAGGGAGAGAAGACCGGCAAGAAGGGGAAGAAGGGCAAAGAGGAGGUGAAGGAGGAAAUUAGUGAUGAGGAGAUGGAGGAGGCGAGUGAGGAAAAGAGUGAGGAGGAAAGUGAGGAGGAGAGUGAGGAGGAGGAGGAGGAGGAGGAGGAGGAGGAGGAGGAGGAGGAGGAGGAGGAGGAGGAGGAGGAGGAGGAGGAGGAGGAGGAGGAGGAGGAGGAGGAGGAGGAAGAGAGUGAAGAGAAGGAAGAGGAGGAGAAGAAAGUUGUUAAGGAGGUUGCAGCGAAGGAGAGCAGUGAGGAGGAGGAGAGUAGCGAUGAGGAGGAAGAGGAGGACGAGGAGAGUGAGGAGGAGGAAGAGGAAGAGAAGAAAUUAGUGAAAAGGGAGGAGAGCAGUGAGGAGGAGGAGAGUAGUGAGGAGGAGGAGAGUGAGGAGGAGAAGGAGAGUGAGGAGGAGAAGGAGAGUGAGGAGGAGAAGGAGAGUGAGGAGGAAGAGAGUGAGGAGGAGGAAGAGGAAGAGAAGAAAGUUGUAAAGGAGGUAGCAGCGAAGGAGAGCAGUGAGGAGGAGGAGAGUAGCGAUGAGGAGGAAGAGGAGGAGGAGGAGAGUGAGGAGGAAGAAGAGGAAGAGAAGAAAGUAGUGAAAAAGGAGGAGAGCAGUGAGGAGGAGGAGGAGAGUAGUGAGGAGGAGGAGAGUGAGAAGGAGGAAGAGAGUGAGGAGGAGGAAGAGGAAGAGAAGAAAGUAGUGAAAAAGGAGGAGAGUAGUGAGGAGGAGGAGGAGAGUAGUGAGGAGGAGGAGAGUGAGAAGGAGGAAGGGAGUGAGGAGGAGGAAGAGGAAGAGAAGAAAUUAGUGAAAAAGGAGGAGAGCAGUGAGGAGGAGGAGGAGGAGAGUAGUGAGGAGGAGGAGGAGAGUAAUGAGGAGGAGAGUGAGAAGGAGGAAGAGAGUGAGGAGGAGGAAGAGGAAGAGAAGAAAGUUAUAAAAGAGGUAGCAGCGAAGGAGAGCAGUGAGGAGGAGGAGAGUAGUGAUGAGGAGGAAGAGGAAGAGAAGAAAUUAGUGAAAAAGGAGGAGAGCAGUGAGGAGGAGGAGAGUAGUGAUAAGGAGGAGGUGGAGGAGGAGGAGGAGAGUGAGGAGGAAGAGAGUGAGGAGGAGGAAGAAGAGAAGAAAGUAGUGAAAAAAGAGGAGAGCAGUGAGGAGGAGGAGAGUAGUGAUAAGGAGGAGGUGGAGGAGGAGGAGGAGAGUGAGGAGGAAGAGAGUGAGGAGGAGGAAGAAGAGAAGAAAGUAGUGAAAAAAGAGGAGAGCAGUGAGGAGGAGGAGAGCAGUGAUGAGGAGGAAGAGGAGGAGGAGGAGGAGGAGGAGGAGGAGGAGGAGGAGGAGGAGGAGGAGGAGGAGGAGGAGGAGGAGGAGGAGGAGGAGGAGAGCGAGGAGGAGGAAGAGGAAGAGGAAGAGACGAAAGUAGCGAAAAAGGAAGAGGAGAGUAGUGAUGAGGAGCAGGAGAGCAAGGAGGAAAAGAAAGUCGUGAAAGAAGAGGAAAGCAGUGAGGAAGAGAGUAGUGGAGAUGACGAGAGUGAGGAGGAGGAGGAGGAAGAAAACGCAAAGAAGUUAAAUGUGAAGGAGACCGAGAAGAAGAAGGGGGGACAGCAGCAGCAGAAGGAGCAGCAGAAACAGCAGGAGGAGCAGCAGAAGGAGCAGCAGAAACAGCAGGAGGAGCAGCAGAAGGAGCAGCAGAAACAGCAGGAGGAGCAGCGGCAGCAGAUUGUAUGGCAGGCGACGCCUGGCAAGCUCGCAGGCAGCAAGAGGGCCUUUGACGCCAUCUCCCCGGGAUCAGGCAGCAAGCCGGGCAGCGCUGCAAGAGCGUUCCAGAGAGUGAAGGUGGAGGAGGUGCAAUUCAAAGAUCCCCGGCUCAUGGAUAACUCGUACUGGGCCAAGGUGCAAUUCAAAGAUCCCCGGCUCAUGGAUAACUCCUACUGGGCCAAGGUGCAAUUCAAGGGCCCUCGGCUCGUGGAGAACUCGGACUGGGCUACGAGCGGGGCGGGCAGUGGAUGGGGCGCCAAGGCACAGGAGGUGCUGGGACAAGUCAGGGGCAGGGGUUUCCGCCAUGAGAAGACGAAGAAGAAGAGGGGCAGCUACAGGGGUGGUAUUAUCGACCAGGAAAGCCAUUCCAUCAAGUUUGCUGAUUCCGACGACGAGUAA